UCCAGAGUCAGCUAGCUCUGGUUCUCGUGUGACGGCGUGUGUUUACAAACGUCUUCCCGUUUAGCCCCAGACUAAACCUGCGUGGGCCCAGAUUGCGAUCAGGGCUUCCCGAACCCCGGACCGGACAUGAGUCCCUCGAGUGGACGAUCCGUCGGGAAACCUUGAGUUCUGUUGGGCGAACUGCAGUAAACAUCCUUGAACUGACGCAGAUUGGAAAUCUUCGGAGUCCUCACAAUCCUCGGUCCGUGUCACGCAGUUCCACAACUUUGUUCACUUGAAGCCUUUCACUUGGGCGAACUCAGUAACGCCACAGGAAGCUAAAGUUGCUAGCUCGUUAGCUCGUAUCCAGUCGAGCUGUGGAUGCUCCGCUGAGUUUCUCUUCACACUGAAAUCGAACAAACGUUGAAGUGGUCUUCGCUUUAGCCGCCAGUCGGCUGGAUGUCUAGUCGGUGUGGUUCAAACUCCGCCAGCAAACUCGGACAAGUCGAUAACAAACAUGCCGCAGUUGAGCGGAGGAGACUCGGGACACGGGGGUCCGGACUCGGGGGUCCGAGACGAACUGGGAGCAAGAGACGAACUGAUCCGCUUUGAGGAUGAAGGGGACCAGGAGAAGCAGACUGAGGCGACGGACCGGGACCUGGAUGACGUCAAGUCUUCUCUGGUCAACGAAUCCGAGACCCACAGCGGUUCCGAGGCGGACAGACGUUCCCGACCCGACCCAGGUGGACGGACCAGAUCCCGCCAGGUGUUCGAAGAUGGUGUGAGGAGGCAGCCGGAGGCCUGCUUCCCUCCGUACCUGGGGUACCCCUUCUUCAUGUUCCCAGACCUCUGCAGCCCGUACCUGUCUGGUGGAGCUCAUCCUUAUCUUCCUUUCCAGUGGCCUCUUCUGGAUGUCCAAGCUAGAACAUCAGGGAGAGACACUCCAGCACACACACACCGGCCCAGCGGUGUGCCGGUCUUGCCCCCCCACAUGAGCCUCCAUCCUCUCUUGUCCUACAAUCCAGAAGCAUCACCUGGAUUCCCCUCUGGCUCCAUGCUCUCCAGACCCUCGGGGGCUACUCAUUUCCCAGCCCAUGAUGGUCUCCCCCAGGUUCCUCAGACGUUUGGGUGGUUGUCAGGUCAAUCCAUCUACCCUCUGACAGGAGGUUUCUCACCUGCUCUACCCAUGAGUGCCUCAAUUUCCAGUUUGAUGUCUGGAGGCUUCUCUCCAGGCAUCCUGUCUCCACCUCCCUCAUCCUCUCCCCCUAGAGUCACAGUGGCCAUGAAGCAGGACGCAGAGAGCAGCAGCACUCAGCAACUCAGUUCGUCCCCAGCUCCUCCUCCUCAGCAGCAGCAGCAGCAGCAACAGCAGCAGCUUCACAUCAAGAAACCGCUGAACGCCUUCAUGCUAUUUAUGAGGGACCAGCGCCCCCAUGUGGUGGCAGAGUGCAGCGUGAAGGAGAGCGCAACUAUAAACCAGAUCCUGGGACAGAGGUGGCACUCUCUCUCCAAGGAGGAGCAGUCCAAGUACUAUGACCUGGCGCGUAAAGAACGACUCCUUCACUCCAAACUUUACCCCGGCUGGUCGGCCAGGGACAACUACGGUAGGAAGAAGAAGAGGAAGAGACCGAAGAAUGACUCGACCGAUCCAGCUGCUGACGGUUGCCCCCCUCAAGUGAAGCGAGCGCUGUCCAGUUCUGGGUUGGAGUGGUCACACACACACAUGCACUCGGCGAGUGCGGAGCCUCGACCUGUGGGCGUGUCCCACCUGACACACACGCACCUGUCUCAGUCGAGCCCCGCCUCUUCUCUGGGUUCCCCGGCCACUCCAACCGCGUCUCUAGCGUCACCUGCAGCGCCGGCGCCGACCCAAACUGACCACACGCACAAUCCCAUCUGCACGGGUCAGUACAGCGAGCAGCUGCAGCCACUAUCCCUCAACGCCAAGCACGCCCAUGCUCCCGGCACAUCGGCCAGCGCCACCUAUGGAGUGUCCUCCCACACUCCUACCCCUUCUGCUCUGCUCCCCCUCCCCCACGACCCGUCAGCCAAUUAGGUGUGAGGGUUAUUUUGGACAUGUUUUUUUAGAUUCAGAAACAAUUUCUAACUACUUUACCUUGUUUAUCAAAUAAAUAUUUUUAUUGACAAACUCUUGCGCUUCGUCUGAUGUCACUUCCUGCAGCCAGACCUUUGCUGCAGGGUUGUAAAUCAUGUAAUAUCGAAACAAAAUGCUACACUUGUGAAUCCUACUAAAUCAGGUCAAGCCAAGUUUGUUGUUUUGAGGCGAGCAGUUUAUUUCAACUCCCAGUAUCUAGAUACGUUUCCAAUGGCAGCUGCAUUCAUGUUACUGUGCCGCUCCCUCUGGCAUCAAGCAUCAAAAAUGAGAUUGUAUGGUUUAUUUUACCAGACAUGCUGUUACAUUCAUGCGAUAUGCUGUGGCAGUGAGCGGAGCCCGGUGCUGCAGAGACACAGCAUCAUGGGUGAUGGAACUUUUAGGGUGUGACUUUGUUUUCCUGUGUCAUAUAGCAGGCAGCAGGGUGUGUUUUCAGAGUGUGUAUUAAUAAUCUUGUGUGGGUCAAUCUUUGACAAGACACUGAUCUUAUGAGGACUUUUUGCUGCGCAGACAUUUUGGCCGGUCCAUUGAGUUUUGAGGGUAAAAAUGUCAAAAUAAAUGGGUCAUUAUAACUGGGUUUCAGUUUAGUUCAGAGUCCUAGUUAAGGUUAGCCAUGUGUUUUGAAUGGUGAGGUUUAGAGGCUGGGGAAAGGGUUAUAGAAAUGAGAGGUCCUCAAAAGAAUAGAAAUACAGGAAUGUGCGUGUGAGUCUGUGCGUGGUGUUAUUGAGCCCUGUCUGUUGCUGUGUUGAAUCUUUUUGAUGUGUAGAUGUUCAUAACUGUCACUGCAGUUUGCUGUGUGGUGCGCUGGAGUGAAAAACACUGGUGUUGUCUCCUUUUCUUAGCUUAAAGAUGACCACAUUAUGUUUCCAACAUUUACUGUGAAAAGGGGGGAAUUGAAAGUGGGAAUGUCAUCCAUCUCCCCUCAACUCUAGCACCGUCGAUACCACCAGUCAGGUGAUGAGCAUGCAGCUGUGUCACAGUCCAGAUAAGAGAAAGGAAACUAAAAGUCCUCAGCAUGAGUCCUCUGCCCUGUUGCACCACAGUUUUCAGGAGUGGCUGCCUCACUUCACACACGGCUUGCCGUGGGGCGGGUUAUUCAUAUGUUUAACUGCUGAUGUUGUGUUGAUCUCCAGAGUCCGGCUAAUGGUGUCUGUAUUACAACAUCGUUGUUACAUAACACAAUGAUGAUGUGUUAUGGCAGUCAUGAUAUUUUUUUAUGAUUAUGUUUAUCAAGUUGUUAUAUUGAGUGAACUGCUUUAU